AUGGCGUCCGUGAGUCCUUUGGCACAGCGCACCAACUUCUUUCAGCAGCUGAAACGAGUAUGUGUCCCUCUUAGCCAACUGGCCCUCCGCCCCAAGGACAAGGCUGUCGACUCGAAGGAGGUUUUGAGGCUGCUUGAGGCUCUCAUCGACCUCUGGGCUGCCCAAGCAGCCAAGGAUGUUGCCAUUCUGGACGAAAAGCUGGCCGACUAUGUCUUCUUCCCAUUGUCUUACCUCCUCCGGGACCGGGGCCACUAUUCCAUGCGUGUCAUCGAAGCCAUCAUUCGCCUGCUGAGAGAGCUCAUACAGCAUGGCUGGAAAGCUAAAGCAUCACCCCAGCUCUUCCAGCAGCUGCUGGUAUUCCUCUCGUUCGUUAUCGGCGGAGUGCCGGACCAGCCGAAGCCAGACAUGCCAGAGGAAACUAUCAUCGAGGGCUUCCGCACUCUUGCCGCUCUGGUCAGCAUUGCCCAGCCGUCUCAUCUUGCUGCAUCGCCGGAUUCGUCGCCUGAAAGGAGAUUAAUACCAGCUCUCGGCCACAGUGUCACGGUUAUGUUGGACGGCAUGACCGAAGGGGUAGCCUCAUCAGUUCAGCUGGAGGCGGUUGAAUGUCUACGGGCGGUCUUCACCACGAUCAAGGAUAACACCACUCUCGCCCAGUUUCUGCCAGGGACGGUAUCGGCUCUCGCAAAGGUCCUCUCCCCACCCCGGGCAAACCAUACUCAAAGGACGGUGAUCUUGAGCUGUCUGGAUCUUCUUCAACUGGUUCUGGUCAAUGUCCUCAGUGACAUCAAAGUUCGAGGAACACUCAAGGAGCUGGAGACACUGAAUCAAGCCAACACCAACGCUGAGGCUACCAGCGUAGCUCCAAACCCGAAUCCCCCGGGCAAACUCACCGCCUCUUGGUUAAGGGCGACCGCCGCCCAGGUAAAGAUCGCCUUGGCCGCAAUUCUCAGGCUAAGGUCGCAUAAGUCGGACAUUGUGCAGGCAGCCCUUCACAGACUCUGCAUUGCCCUUCUGGAUCAAUGUCAUUCCUCACUCGUCGACUGCCAGUCGAUGUUGGUGGAGAGUGCCAUGGUGCUGGAAGAAGACGACGACACUAGGUCACGUCAUCAAACCAGCCUCCAGGACCUUGCCGGCGUCUACCCGGAGCUUGUGGACAGCAUGAAAUCUGCCCUAUAUCACUGGAUAACCGGCUUGCCUCGGGUUAUGCAGUCCAGUGACGAAAGGGUCAAGCACCUGGCCAUCAGGAGUAUCCUCCGAGGCAGCAAGCUGUCCGCGGCGAUGCAGAUGGAUUCAUCGACGCUCGAUGAUGCCUUGGGAGACUCACUCCGGGACAGCAUCAUAUCACUAAUAAGAAGCUCGAAGCAGCCCAGAAUUGUGGAUGAUACUGGAGCAGACGUCGCGACGAACACAGAUCUGGUGAGGUCGGGGUUAGAAACUGCAACUUACUCGCCCGUCUUGCUGGGCUCAGAGAGCCAGAAGGCGACGAGGAAAGAGAUUAGCGCCUUGAUAUCCAGCAUUGGUUCACCGGCCCAGCAGAUCAAACUAGCAGCCUCCAUGUUAGGUCAUGUCCGGGACUCUCAAGGGGUGAACCAGGUCGCCUCUUUCUGGCUUGCCUUUGAACUCCUGAAAUCAACCUACGCGCAGUCUUCUGAGAUAGACGACCUGUUGGAUCUUUCCUCCCUUGGGCAAUCCAGACAUCAGGAGGAGACAUUCCGGGAGCUCUAUGACUUCUCAGCAUCUGUCCUCUCCGCGCAUUCGGACGCAGUGGAAGAGGACUGGCGAAUAGAGGCUAUCGCUCUAGAGGUAGCAGCAUUCGCCGCUUCCCGCCUCCAGCUAGACUUCCGUCCAGAGCUCAUUGAUGUGCUCUACCCCGUCACCACAUUUCUUGGUUCACAGUCGCGGCAACUCCGGGCGCACGCCAUCACAACCCUAAACAUUAUCGCCGCCUCCUGUGGAUAUGACAGCGUCUCCGACCUGAUUGUCGACAAUGCAGACUACAUGGUCAACUCGAUAGCCCUGCGGCUGAACACAUUCGAUAUCUCCCCAGCUUCCACCAAGGUCCUCACCAUGGUGAUCCGUCUGACGGGACCGAGGCUGAUACCUUUCCUUGACGACGUCGUUGCGGCGAUUUUCGCAGCCCUCGACAACUACCACGGCUACCCCGUUUUUGUCGAGAGUCUCUUCUCCGUCUUGUCCGAGGUGGUAACUCAAGGCGUCAAGUCCGACAUGCUCCUCCUCGCAGACGCCAACCAUAAAGCCAUAAACCACCGCAAAAAGAAGGCCGAAUCCGCCGGCAUCCCCAGCAUCCUCGAAACCCUCACCAAGCGUCUCGAGCGAGCCACACGCUCCAAACAAGAAGAAGAGGAAGAAGAACCCAUCCUGCCCCUUCCCCAACAACACUGGGGCCCCGCAAAAGACGAAGCCACCUCCCUCCUCGAGAAGCUAACCAACCCGGAUUCGGACCAAGACGCUGACUCGGACGAAACCGAACCCCCCCCACCCGCCGACCAAUCCCUCGAGAAACCCAAAACCCCAACUUACACCCUCCUUACCCGCGUUCUCUCCCUGACCCAGCACCAUCUGACUUCGCCGAGCCCAACCCUCCGCAAAUCGCUCCUCGAACUUGUCGCCACCGUGAGCCCCGCCCUGGCACCAGACGAGAACGCCUUCCUGCCGCUCAUCCACGCCGUCUGGCCGGUUGUGCUGGCGAGGCUGUAUGACCCGGAGCCGUACGUCGCUGUAGCGGCGUGUGGCGCGCUGGCGGGGCUUUGUCGGGCGGCGGGGGACUUUUUGGGUUCGAGGUUCAAGACGGAGUGGUGGGGGGCUUUGGGGCGGUGGGUGAGGAAGGUUAGGGCGGAUGUUUAUGGUUUGAGGAUGGAAAGGAUGGGGAAGGGGAAGGGGACGGUCGGGAGGUGGGAUGGUGGAGGAGGGAGGGUGGGGGAGGGGAUAUUGGUUCCGUUGGGGGGUGGUGGUGGUGGUGAAGGGGUGGGUGUUGUGAAAAGUUCCUCCCCGGCGGCGGCGCUGGGCCGGUUCUCGCAGGCGUCGCAGGUCUGGGAGGCGGCGUUGGGGUUGUUGACGGCGAUUGUGGGAUAUGUCAGGUUGGAGGAUGACAUGUUUGAUGAUAUUCUGGGGCUGGUAUUGGAUGUGUUGCCGCGCCACGGGGAGCUGAGGGAGGCGUUGGAGACGGUCAAUGCGGAUGCCGUGUGGUUGGCUCUGUAUGAGAGGGGACUGGUUCAGGAGAGGGACGCUCCGGUUGUGGAGGGAUUUGAGUUUCGGUUUGCGAGGAUGGAAGGGAGGGGAGCCGUGGAGGCUGAGGUAUAG